UGCAUUGCAACAGAGUGGAAUGGAAAAACAGUUUCGUUAUAACACAUACAGUGUUACAAACACAAUAUUUCAGAAUUUUAUUUAUAUUCAAAAGCAAAAGCCUCCAUCCUGAAGUGGGAGCAAGAGGUUUUGGAAAGAAGGAGGAAACAUCUUGGGAUAAAACCCUACAAACGUUAGGAACCAGAAUCGCAGGUUUUAAGAUUUAGAAAGUCAUCGAUGGCUGAAACAAAAGAAGGUUCAGGUUCGGAGAUGUCUCUGAAAGAUCAGGGCAACGAGUUUUUCAAGUCAGGAAAGUAUCUCAAAGCUGCUGCACUCUACACUCAAGCCAUCAAGCAAGACCCUUCUAAUCCCACUCUCUAUAGCAACCGUGCUGCAGCGUUGCUGCAACUAGACAAGCUUAAUAAAGCUCUUGAUGAUGCUGAGAUGACAAUCAAAUUAAAACCCCAAUGGGAAAAGGGAUAUUUCAGGAAGGGAAGCAUAUUGGAGGCCAUGAAACGAUAUGAAGAUGCUCUCGCUGCCUUUCUGAUUGCAUUGCAAUAUAACUCACAAAGUCAAGAAGUUUCAAAAAAGAUAAAGAAGAUAAAUCAACUAGUGAGAGAUAACAAGCGAGCUCAAGAAGUGGAGAAUAUGAGAUCCAAUGUUGACAUGGCCAAACAUUUAGAUACAUUGAAACCUGAAAUGACUGGAAAGUAUGGAUCUGAAGAAUGUUGGAAAGAGAUGUUCUCAUUCCUUGUGGAGACUAUGGAGACUGCUGUCAAAUCAUGGCAUGAAACUUCUUCUGUGGAUGCCAGAGUUUACUUUCUUCUUGAUAAGGAAAAGACACAGACUGAUAAAUAUGCCCCAGUUGUGAAUAUUGAUAAGGCAUUUGAAUCACCACAUACACACAGCAGCUGCUUUUCAUUUCUUAGGCAGUAUGCUGACGAAUCUUUUGCCAAAGCAGCCUGCUUGGUGACUCCCAAAAGCACCAUUGCUUAUCCACAGGUCUGGAAAGGUCAAGGAUCAAGAAAGUGGAAACAUGCGCAGAGUGAUGGUUUCUUUGUUCAAUUUGAAUCUCCUUCUUUGCGAAAGCUGUGGUUUAUACCCAGUUCAAAUGAAAAGGGACAAACAUUAUGCAGGGAUCCAGAGGUUUUGGACAUUGGCGCUCAUGAAGUUCUUCCUUGGUUAUUUAAAGAAAAGCUAUCCCAUUCUUAGUGUACUUUACUAGUGUUUGGUGUACAUUUGUUUCACUAGGUAAAAAUGGCAGGCUCACAGUAAGGUUUGGAUGUUCAAGAAACAUGGACACAGUUUGGUGCCGAUGUUGUCUACUUGGUAUAUGACAAAUGCUGGCUGGAUGUGCUUUUUAUUUUUGUUAGAUCCCUUUAUUUAUUUAUUUAUUUCAAAAUUAUCCAAGCUCUCCAGGAGUUGCAUUUUUCCCAAUAUUGUUUUAUAACAUGUUUGCUCUGUCUAUUCAUGCUACUGGAAGACUUAUAGCCUUUCCAGAUAUGACACUUGUAUGAUGCCAGGGCCAGUAUCGAAGUUGAAUUUGGCGGUUAAUAUUCAAGUUUGAUCAACAAUUUAUUUUUGUAUUCUCUUUUGUUUUUACAUUGCAAGAAUUUUCUGAUGAUGUUUGGAUAAACUUAAUGUAUCUGUAGUUCAUUU